AUGUCCCUCAUCUCGAAUAUCUUCUACUACUCUCUCCAUCCCUCCGAGUUGAGGUCGAUCCUGCAAUGGAAAGUCUGGCACAACCCCGUUCAUGAGCGCGACACGACGAACGAGACCGAGACUCAGAAGGAGUGCUUCAAGUUCCUGGACUUGACCAGCCGCAGUUUCAGCGCGGUCAUCAAGGAACUCCACCCCGAACUGCUGCUGCCCGUCUGCGUCUUCUACCUCACCCUGCGUGGAUUGGACACCAUCGAGGAUGACACUUCAAUUCCCCUAGAGACCAAGGAGCCGUUGCUGCGCGGGUUCAAGGAUUUCCUGGAGCAGGACGGCUGGACCUUCACCGGAAACCGCCCCGAGGAGAAGGACCGGGAACUGCUGGUUCAGUUCCACAAUGUCAUCACCGAAUACAAGAACAUGAAGCCCGCCUACCAGGCCAUUGUCAAGGACAUCACCGACAAGAUGGGCAACGGCAUGGCCGACUACUGUCGCAAGGCCGAGCUGGAAGAUGCCAGCGUCAAGACCACCGUCGAGUACGACCUGUACUGCUACUACGUGGCCGGACUGGUGGGUGAGGGUCUGACGCGCUUGUUCGUCGAGGCGGGAUUCGGUAACCCGGCUCUGUUGGAGCGUCCCCGUCUGCACAAGUCGAUGGGUCUGUUCCUGCAGAAGACCAACAUCAUCCGUGACGUGCGCGAAGACAACGACGAUCGCCGUCGCUUCUGGCCCAAGGAGGUGUGGUCCAAGUACGUCAGCGACUUCGACGACCUGUUCAAGCCCGAGAACCGCGAGGUGGCCUUGAACUGCAGCUCGGACAUGGUGCUGAACGCCCUGGAGCAUGUCGAGGACUGUCUGUUCUACCUGGCUGGAUUGCGCGAGCAAAGUGUCUUCAACUUUGCUGCCAUUCCCCAGGCCAUGGCCAUUGCCACGUUGGAGCUGUGCUUCCGCAACCCGGCCGUCUUCGAGCGUAACAUCAAGAUCACCAAGGGUGAUGCCUGCAGUCUGAUGACCGAGUCGACACAGAACCUGCGGGUCUUGUGCGAGGUCUUCCGUCGGUAUGCGCGUCGCAUCCACAAGAAGAACACCCCUAAGGAUCCCAACUUCCUCAAGAUCAGCCUUGUUUGCGGACGAAUUGAAAAAUUCAUCGAGAACAUCUUCCCGUCGCAGAAUGCUGAAGACGCCCAGCGCAAGGUCGUUGGCGCGCUCACCGAGGAGGAGAAACAGAAGGCGCAGGAAGAGGCUGAAACACGCCAGGAUGUCUUCUUCAUGAUGGCGCUGAUGGGCGUGAUCAUUUUCAUUGUUUCUGUUCUGAUGAUUGGUGUGGCCUGGUACCUCGGUGCUCGGUUCGAUCUUGCCUGGCAGGAGCUGAAACAGGGCAACUUCAAGCCGCCCAGGGAGAACCGUCGGGAGCUCUGA